AUGGCCGCUCCUCGCCGUCCGAGACCGAAGAUAUCUCUGUGGGCUCGUUUUCGCACAUGGCUUCGCUACUGGCACUCGCCGCUUAAGAUCCGCGGCAGUCUCACUCGACUGAGCAACCACAAACAUCCCCUUCUUACGCUCCUGCGCAUGUUCAUCCCAUUCCCCUCAUGGUUCUUCCCAAUCCCAGGCCCAUUUACCCCGCGGGCACUCAUUGAAGACACCAAGAAGGAGACCGGGAUUAUCGUGUCCCAGUUUGGCGAAAUCCACAACCUUCGCGCGAUUCCAAUCUGGCGCAUGCGCGACACCCCGCUACGCUCCGUCUACCGGCUCUACGAACUCCACCUCGCUGAUCACUAUGAGUUGAUGGGAUGGGAGACGGAGUAUUUUUUCUACCGUUCGGAUUGGCGCCUGCGGGAUAUCCCCGACCCGAAGGACCCCGACCCUCUCCGCUAUGCGAUUCUUGCGUCUAUCGUGGAGGAGUUACACGAGGCUGUGAAUUGGAGAUUGAGCCUGGGUCUUCGGAGGAAUCAUCAACAUAUAUAUCGUGAGGAUGCAACCGAUACUUUGCCUCCUUUUACGCCAGAGGAGCUUCCGGGUUGGACGACCAGGGUUGCUCCUAUCGAUAGGGAUCUUCUGAAGAUAUCGGUACCACCAGAAGCUCUAGACACGGAGGGGAACUUGGUCCUGGAGAAAAAUGGAAAGGGCCAGAAUUUCGCGCGGCGCAACAUAAUUACAAAUACGGGCUGGUUCUACACGAUCUAG